AUGGCUACGAACGAAGCAGACCGAAAAGUAGUACCAGGUACCUUCUCUAUCGAGCCUUUCGACCUUACAAAGAAUUGGGACCGAUGGAAACAACGCCUUGAAGGUGCUUUUUCAAUUUUCGGAAUUACGGGAGAGGAUAGAGUGCCGUACUUCUUACAUUAUGUGGGCGCUACAUCAUUCGACAUCUUAUGCGAUCGUCUUGCACCUGACGAUCCAUUCGCUAAGCCGUACGAAAAUCUAAAAGGAAUUCUAAAGGAAUUUUACGCUCCUGUGCCUUUGGAAAUAGCAGAAAACUUUAAGUUCCACCAAAGGAAACAAAAGGAAGGGGAAGAAGUCAAAGAUUUCAUGGCAGCUCUUCGGAAGUUAAGCAUCAAUUGCAAUUUCGGGAACUACCUGCCUACAGCUUUACGAAAUCAACUCGUUUUCGGCUUGUCAUGCAAAAGAACACAAGCAAGACUUUUGGAAAUUCAAGAUUUAAAUCUGGAUAAAGCAUUGAAGAUAGCAACGACAAUGGAAUUGUCAGAAAAAGGGAUGUUGGAACUCCAGGGAGAUUCAGCCAGCAUCAACAUAGUAGCGGUGAAGAAAUCCCAGUACAAGAAGAAUCCUAAGAAACAAGAAGCCGCAGGCAGUUCAGCGUUGGUUCCGAAAAGUCAGGCACCCAAGACAAAUAAUUUAAGUUCUAAUUUUAAACCUAAAUGUUACAGAUGCGGAAAAGAUUUGGCAUCCAAAUGCACCCUAAACCAAAAUGUACGAUGCAACGCUUGUGGGAAGGCAGGCCAUCUGCAACGGGUGUGUUUCCAAGCAAAGCAAUCAACAAACCACCUUGACGAAGUCUUGAAUCUCAGUGGGGACCACAAUAAGGCCCGAGAAAAAAUUAAAACGACUCUUCAGGUAAACGAUCGAUCCGUAGAAUUUGAGAUCGACACAGGAGCUGCGGUAUCGGUCAUUGGCACAGUAAACGCGCGAAAAAUAUUUCCAGGUCUGACCAUUCGUAAAUCGGAUCUAAAGUUGUCACUGGGUCGUGUAGAAGUAAAUGUGAAAAGUAGAGAUAAGCAAAUAUCUUUAGACUUAUUUUUGACGCCGGGUGAGUGUAAACCGCUAUUGGGGCGGGAAUGGAGUUACAGAUUACAGAAUAUGCCUAAAAUUGCAGAAGUUUAUCAAAAAUGCGUUUCAAUAAAUACGAUUGAAAGUACAAUAAAUUCACAAGUUGCGUUACUCAUUAAGGAUUACGAAGCAAAUUUAGAUCCGAAAAGCUCAAAGAUCAAAGGUUUACAUGCGGAACUGAAUUUGAAGGAAGGCGCACGUCCCGUUUUCCACAAAGCACGAACAGUUCCUUUCAAAUUGGUUCAAAUGAUUGAUAAAGAAUUAGAUCGCUUAUGUAAUGAAGGUGUCUUAGAGAAGGUUAACGUCUCUAGAUGGGCAACCCCCAUCGUUCCCGUAUUAAAGAAAAAUAAUCAAGUUAGAAUUUGCGGAGACUUUAGUGUGACGUUGAACCCAAAUUUAAUUGUAGACGAACAUCCAUUGCCGACAACAAAUGAACUAUUUACUUCAAUGGAAGGAUGUACAAUUUUCUCAAAGAUCGACCUUCAAAACGCAUAUUUACAACUCGAAGUUAGGAAAGAAGAUUGUGAAUUAUUAAUGCUAAAUACCCAUAGAGGAUUGUACAAAUGUAAAAGACUCAUGUACGGAAUCGCGAGCGCGCCGGCAAUCUAG